UUCUCAGAACAUGGAGCUUACGUGGCAACGUCACUUGGCCACACACUGGUGGUAUAUAUACACUGGCACAGCACAAUCAAUAUUACCACCUUUCAAAGUCUUUACCGGCUCUGAGGUAAACUGUUCAGUUACACUUUCCUCCUACACCAGUGAGACUAAAGCAAAAUCAUGCUGGCAACCAGGACCUUGCUGUCAAAACAAACACUGGCUGCUCUCUCUCGCCAGCCUGCCUGCUUUGUUCACCAUGGUGACUAUGGCAACUGGGGGAAUACCAAUAUUGCAGUGGUAAGUGAAACAUAUCAAUAUAGGACCAGGAAGAAAAGUAGACAAACUGAUAGCGUGGGCGUUAUUGUGAAUUGUGAGUUACAUUUGGUUUGUGACUCAUAAUGUAAUGCAGGUUUUCUCAGGAUGUGGCUGGUGGGAUGGGACUGAUGUCCAUGAGGGAGUAUACACCAUGUACCACCUGAGCCGUAACGGCGCUCGCUUCCAGAUGUUUGCUCCGAAUCAACAGCAAAUGCAUGUGAUGGACCACAUGAGGAAGCAGCCUGGCUCUGGGGAGAACCGGAACAUGAUGACGGAGUCAGCUCGCUUCAGUCAUGGUCAGGGAAUGAUGCAAAUGCAGGACCUGUCCAAGCUGGACGUCAACAGCUUUGAUGGCGUCAUCUUCCCUGGAGGCCACGGCAUCAUCAAGAAUCUGUCCUCUUUUGUGAAGGAUGGCAAAGAUUGCAAGCUGCACAAUGAUGUGGAAAGGGUGCUUAAAGACUUCCACCGCUCACGCAAGCCUAUUGGACUGGCAAGCAUGGCUCCCAUGCUGGCCUGCCGCGUGCUGCCCAGCAUCGAGGUGACCAUGGGCUAUGAGCGGGACGACAACACUCGCUGGGGGAACUGGCCUCACACAAACAUGGUGCAGGCUGUGAAGAGUAUGGGUGCUCGCCACAAUGUCCGUGAGCCAUACGAAGCCUAUGUGGACGAGAAGAACAAAGUGGUCAGCACCCCGUCCUUCAUGUGGGAAACAGAGUAUCACUAUCACUACAUUUUUGAUGGCAUUGGAAACAUGGUCAAACAUGUCAUGCGUAUGUCAACCAAGUGAUGUGACACUUUCAGCCUGGAGAAGAAAUAGAGAAAGUUGGUGUUGACGUGUGACGUACACCCCUGUAUUGUGAUGCAUUCUUACCUGAAAACAUAUAAAUGCUUUAGUUAAAGAGCAAA